CUUCAGGGAAAGGGGAGGGUAGUUCUCUCCGGUUCUCUCACAGUUCUCCUCUCCUCUCGAUAAAUUCUCCUAACCUUGGCUGUGGGAGCGUGGUCAAAAAUGAAUUCUAUUCGCUCCAUCUCAAGUCGGCUGUGCUGGAAUAUGUCAAAUUACGGGUUUAGACCAUAUUCACAACUUGGUGAUAUGGGCAGUGGUGCUGGAAAGGGUGGAGGUGCUGGUGGCUCAAUCAGAGAAGCAGGUGGUGCUUUUGGCGAAAUGGGAGCUGCACGUGAAGAAGAAUAUUUUUAUAAGAAGCAAAAGGAGCAAUUGAACAAGUUAAAACAGGAUCUGAAUGAUGAAAUCAGUUUUCACGAAGAGCAAAUAAAACGUCAUCAAGAAGCAAUUCAGCGCCAUAAGGAACGUGUCAGGGACAUUGAUAGCAAGCACUAAACAAUAAACUCCAUCUUAGACUGAUUCAUAUUAUAGAAUACUUUUGUAAGUUUGGACUUGUAUGUAGAAAUACAUGGUCAUCACAUUAAGCCUCUCAUUGUUUUCUUUCUGGUGCCAUCUCUUGAGUUUAACACUUAUUUCCUCUGAAUAUCCUAUUGGCAAGAAUUAUUUAAAAUAAUUUUUUUAUUUGUAUGUUUGAGUCCUCAAGUAAGAAAUCUUAAGUUUUCCUUGCUAUCCUGUGUUCUUCUGCCACCUCCCCUUUUCCUAAAAUUUGCUUCCAUGUAGGGAUGUGUUCUAAAUGUAGCAUUUACAUGCGGUUUGUGUAAAAGUAUAAUCUGUGUAUCUUCAAGAAAAAAUUGAAUCUGGUAGAGAAUGACUAAAUCCUCACAUCUACAAUUGUUCACCUCUAAGAUGAUCACACUGCUAAACAGUGUAAUUUAAAAUACGAUAGCUCUUGUUAAUUGUGGACUUUGAAGCCCUAAGUUGUUUUUUCAUGCUUUUUCCAUUUGCACAAGCAAUCCUACUUUUGUUCAGUUUUUAAACAAUGAGAAAAAAAAACCCUCUAUUAUUGCCUCAAAGUUGUCUAACUUCAAGUAUUAAUUUUCAUCAUUCAGCAAUGAUCAAUCAUCUUUCUUCAAAACUGCUGGGAAAUAGAGUAUUUAUCAAUGUGACAUAACGAUCACACCUUAUUUUUUUGUUUUUCGUGAUGCCUUACGGAAUAUCCUCUUCCUCGUUCGUACAAGCCCUAAGAGGAUUAGGAUGUUUAAAAUUAUUAAUCUUGUAUCUUUCUGUAUUAGUAAAAUAAGUGUUGUCUAAAUAUUAUUAAUAAUUCUGGCAUUUGUACUUACAUUUUUUUAAUGUUUAAUUUUCAAACAAAAAAAUUUAGUGUAGGAUUGCAGUGUAAAUGAGUGAUUCCCAAUCAAUCCAACAAUAAAUGAAGUUUUUCUAUUGUCUUAUUUUGAAGGUAAUUAGUUUCAUGAUUCGUUUAACUCUGUGAUGAUUCCUCAUUUCUAUUAAUUUGAUUGCAGUUGAGAAUCACUGAAGCGUGUACGUUGCUGUGGAUGAACUAAGUUGAGCAUGGGAUUGAGAGUACAUUGCUGACUGUCAAAUGUUAAAUAAGUUACUCAGCUUGGACAUAUUUAAUUUCACAGUUUAAAAUGUCAGCGCCAAUGUUACGAUUUUCUUUUAUAUUUUUGCUGUAUUGAUGCUCAGAUCCGAAUGGUGAAUGGUGUCUUUUUAAUAAUCUAUCGGUACAUUAUUGAUAAAUUUGAUUAAAAUCACUUAUGGCAGUUUGUGGUUGAAUUUCCUUCCUGCAUCACUUUGGUGUUCCUCAGUCAUAGCAUGGCUAUUAAUAACCUUAAAUUUUUGUCAUUCCUCAUCAGGUUGAAUUUUAUUUGUAAAUGGAUUCUUAUUUUGAGGAAAUUUAUUUUAAUCUUAAUAUGCUAUUUUUUAAUUUUGCCCAGUCUGUGUGCUAAUGAAAUGUUUGUUUCCUUGUUAAUUGCCUUCAGCUGUUUAUCCACUGUAACCCACAAUCUAAAUUGACAUUUGUGUGGAGAUACUUUGUAAGUUUCUUGUUUUAUGAGUAAGUACCUUAGUUGUAGUUGAAGUUGGUCUAGCAGUGAUUUCUGUGAAUAUAGAAAUCAUGGUGGAAUGGAAUUGUUAAAAUCAAUAAAUCUGUUGUCAGUUUAAUUUAUUUUUUUGUCCCCUGUAAUCAACUUUUCUCAAAUCCAUUCCCAUCCUCAUUAUCCAUUUGAGUACACGUGUAUGUUAAUAUAUUGAUAUUUUGCUCUACAAUAUAUUGAGGGCAAAAAUAGGUAAAAUUGAA